GCUGGCUCCACGGUUGCUGUCUUUGAGGGCCGAGCACGCCCUGAGAACGUCUUCGGCUCGUACCCGGUGGUGCUGAAUGCCCGGGGACUGUCUGCCUUGGAGUCCCUCGAUCCGGCGAUCGCGGCGAGAGCGAAGGAGACCGGACUCUCAGUGAAGGAGCUGCACAUUGUGCCCGGCAACAGGACGGUGGCCAAGGUCCCUACCUAUGGGACCUGCAUCAUGCGAGACCAAGCCUCCCAUUUGCUUUUAGAGGCUGCAGAGGCCAAUGAGAAGAUCUCUUUCUUUUGGGAGCACAAGCUCGUGAGCAUUGAUUUUCAGGCUCGGACCUGCACCUUUGAGCUUCCAGAUGGCUCGCAGAAGACGGCAGUUUCCCAGCGCCUGGUCGCAGCGGAUGGAAACCGCUCGAAGGUUCGGCGCUUGUGCCAGGAGCACGUGGCAGACUUCAGCGCCGAUGCAGAUCCUUGGGGCUUCCAACUGCGCUUCAUGAACUCCAAGGGCGUUCCUGGACAAACUGAGGUCAACACAGACACUCACUUUGUCCUGGGUGACAAAGGCUAUGUUUGCCUGCAGCCUAACGGUGAGUGGAGCAUAUCCCUCCGGGUUUUGCCAGAAUCUGAUGAGGAGUUUCUCACGAGCAUGGAAGCGACGGAUGGCAACUUGCAGAAACUGAAGGAGUAUGUUCAGACCCAUGCCAAGUUCACGGCCGACAACUUGCUGGAUGAGGAGGCUUAUCGCAAGUUCUAUGAUUGCCCAGCCUUCGGCGGCGUCGUUGUCAAGUGCUCCUCCCUGAAUCCAGCAGGCUGGAUCUGCCUCAUUGGGGAUGCCGCACAUGCUGUGCAGCCAGCGACGGGGGAAGGCAUCAACAGCGGCUUGGAGGAUGCCGCUGUGCUGGGUGUCGUUCUGAAGGAGAACGCGGACGAUCCAUUUGCAGCUUUUGACCGGCAGCAGCGACCGAAUGCUCACGCACUUCAGAAACUGGCAUUGGAGGCCAAGAGCCGAGUGAGUUUGCCUCCUCCACGAGAGCAAGCCGUGAAUGUCAUGGUGACCAUUGGCUUAGCCAUGGCCAAGAAGCUCCGCAUCAUCGAAGGCACAAAGCAAGACUUCAUGCUUGGAGAAAAGGCCCAGUCUGUGGGAAUCAAGUCCUACGAUGAGCUCGUGCAAAUGGACGAGCGGCAGACUCGAAAGCUUCGACCACUUGCGAAUGCCCUGGCGAAAAUUUUCCGAGUUCCGAAGGAGCACCCACCAGCGCAGACACAGAGCUAA